AUGGCCAUGCAACUAGAGGACCCAGUUAGCUUUAAAGAUCAGUGGAAAAAACACAUUACAACAACCAGCAGAGAAAUCUAUCUGUUCGAGCCGAUACAAAAAGGCAAGGGGCUGCCAAUUUUCCAUCAUACUCUAGCCCCUGCUGGUACAAAGGACGAUGCUUGGUACUCCAAAACUACGUUCGCUAGGUUGGCUGCAUCCUCAGCGUUCAAUUUUCAGCCGGCUACUCCUUACAAUAUCUAUGGAACUCCUGGGAGUUUACCCAAUCCCACUCAAACUAUAUACGUUCCUUUACGCUACAUUCGUUUUGCGGUGGAAUAUCCGCUGAAGGGUAUAUACCCUGGAAACCCCCAAUUGCUCACGGGAGACCUCAAGAUGCCACUGGGAAGGAGAGUAUCAAAAAAUUAUGGAGGAGAGAAAAUUACACCGCAAAACCCUGAAAAUGAGGGCCUAAUCACCCUGGAUAAUUCUGAAGUCUCAGUAAAUUUCGACCAGAAGCAGAUAAAAGUUCCAUAUCCUAACAGUACCAGCACCGGGGAGAAAUAUAUCUCCGAAAUCCUGGAAAAGCUACAAACGAAGCUGAAAUCCAAUCAGUUUCAUUUAAUUCCGUUUAGAACCGAGGAUGGGGCCUUAUACUGGAGCCGAGCACAAAAAGGGCUUGAUCAGGCGGAUGUUCCAGCAGAGCAUCGUAAAUUAUGGCGAUCUUUCCUUGAUACGCGAACGAAAGUCAGUGCUAGUGGCAACAAGAGAACUUGGAGAAUGAGAUAUGAUGAUAGAGAUCUCAAAACCCCACUCAUUGUGAAAUAUACAAAAACAGCUGAGAACCGAUUCAAGGAUAAAGGGUACGACGAAGUUCCCAUUUUUAUGGCAAAACUCGUUAAGGCCAUCAAUGAUAUAUAUACGACACCGAAGGAAAACCCAAGGACGAACCAAUUGGAACUAGAUGUCUCUGAAAAGCACCUAAGUGAUUAUUGUCUGUUAUCAGAAAAUCCCUUUGGAUUGUUCCAAACAUACAUCCAUAAAACUGAAAUACAGAGCUAUAUGAAAGACUUAGCAUUGAACCUACAAGAGCCAAAGGCAGAAGAUGUAGCAAGCGGAAAGGCUCUUCACUGUAGUCCACUUCGAAGUUUACCAAUUGAAGACGACUUCGAAAAAAGUAUGUAUGAUUACUUCAACGAGCUCGCAGGAGGUGGAGAGGCCUUAGAUCCGGACUCAGAGGAUGAAGAGGAUGCCAAGACGGGGGAAGAAGCAGAGGAAGCGCUGGCACAACUUGAUGGAGGCCAACAGGUUGGAGGAACCAACCAGAAUUUGGGCCGAAUGGAAGAGUAA